UAGAGGAGAAGAUACCUAAGUGUGCCCACCCACAUCAACAGUAAGGAUCAUAUAAGAAGAGGAACUGACAGUGAUUUGCAGAGUAAUCCCUCUUCUGUAGAAAGCUUAGACAUGCAAAAGUCUUCAGGUUCCAGCAACUGUCCCUAAAGCCAGUCAGUUCAGAAGAAGAUGAUUUUUGUGGUUUGAUCUUACCACUUGAACAUAUAUGGAUUGAACAAAUUUCCUGAUUUAAACCUUUAUUAAAUGGGGAAUAUUUUUCAAGGUAUUAUGCAGCCAAGGAUUAUUUCUUUGUCUGCAGUGUGGAAUUCCUUUAGUCUUUUUACAUUUUCUCUUUUGUCUCUCUUUCUCCUUCUUGUUUGCAAUGGCAUUUGUUAUGACCAUUGGAAGGAAAUGUUUUUCUGCUUAGCUAAUAUUUUGGUUCCUCUUGCAUAGUUAGAGGACUUCAGUGGGGCUGCAUUGAGGUCACACACCACAGCUGUAUGGUGGUGAUGGCUAGACAAAAAUUUCCAUGCAUGUUGAAGAGCAUGGCUCAGGAGAGCCACUCACGGUAAAGGAGACAAAUUGUACAUUUCAAAAAGAUGGGUAAAAUAACUUUAAAGGAGGAAAAUUACAUCAUAGAAUGGUUUGGGUUGGAAGGGACUGUACAGAAUAUCCCAUUCCAACUCCCCUUCCGUGGGCAAUGACACCUUCCACUAGACCAGGUUGCUCAAGCACCGUCCAACCUGGCCUUGAACUCUUCCAGGGAUAGGGAGUCCACAACUUCUCUGGGCUGCCUGUUCCACUGUCUAGAUAUUAGGUUUUCCUGAGUUUUCUCACAGGCUUUCUGAAACAAUUAAAACCAGCAGAAAGCUCCCAAUCCAAGUUAAUUUUGAAAUAAAAGCUAUGAACUUUUUAGAACCCAUAGGCCAUUUCAGGGAAUGCUGCAUUAGCUGCAGCUAUACAGUAUUUUUCCAGAGCACUGAUAAGUGAUUGAUGAUGCAAAAUCAAGGAAGUUAAUAAAAAGUGACACAUGUAUUUUGUAACCAAUAGAAAUACAAAGUGAAGAAGAAAAAGUACUGCUUCCUUAGUGAAAAGAUACAGAAAGAAACUUCAAUCCCCUCCUACACAUCGUGUCCCGUUCUGUUCCCCAAUGCAAUGAAGACAAGAGGAGAAGAGGGAUCAGAAUUUAUUUAUAAUUUUGGCACUAGGGAUAAAAAUAAAUGGCUGAAACUCUGUGGAAGUUCUUUGUAACUUUCUGAAUUUUUAAGUAUGAAUAGAGUGUAUGGAGAAACUGGUAUACACCCUGUUUCUUUCCACUAGUUUGUCAUUGCCUCUGGAUUUUUGUGUCUCAAGUGCCUGCUUAUUGAAGAAACCAGGGGGCUGAAUCACUCCAGGCAGCCCACAGGUCUGGUGACUUCAUUUCCUGGGUUAUAUAAAAUCCAAACUUCCUAACAAAUUGUCUGCAGGAAGUGUUUACCACAUUGAUAUAGAACAAUUAGAGUGCACAGAAACCUGGCCGGGUUGAAAAAACAAUUAUGUGAAAUAUUGGCAUUAUUUAUAAAGACCUUUAAACACAGUCUUUAUAAAUAAGCCAGAGAGCCACCAACCAACCUACUUACCUGUGUUGGGAGCAGAAGCAUUUAGUUAGCUGUCAGGGCUAGAUUUAGCGUGAAGGGUGGAGACCUGUGUGGAAAAAAUGCAAUUAAGGCAUUAUGUCUAGUUUGUUCCAUUCUCUCUAAUAAAUUGUUCACCUGUGUAGAACAAGAGAUCUUAUAUUAAUAUUUCUUAACAUGGAUAUUCAUGUCUGCUGAGGUCCCUAAGGUUUGGAUUUAAAUAGUCCAGUUAACAACUGAGUAUGUUGUUUAGUGUGGGGAGAUGCCUCCUGCUGCAAAAAUUUGCUCCUGUUCUGAGCUGUUUGGAGCCAUGAAGAAUGAGAGCUCCCUGCACUGACUUGGUGAUGCUGCAGGAAAUAAAGUUGACAGAAGCAAGAACCAGCCAUUAAUCUCUCACUCUACAGAGUUAAAAGUUAGACAAGUAUUUCCCUACCCUGUGUAGUCUGCAGGCUCUUGGGUACCUAUUUCACACCAAAAGUGCAGCUUUCCCCUGACAAAUAUUUCUUUGUAAACCAAAACAGCAAGAAAACAAAAAGAAACAGAAACCUGUUGACAAUAUGCCACUUUCAAAUUCAUGGUUUUGCUUUCCAAAGCCAAAAUAAGCAACUUAUAAGAAGUUAUUGGCUUCUUAUGGAAGCCAUGUUUGGUAAACCUUGAUUCUCUCAACAAGUUCUGUUAGUUAGUUUUAUGGUUUGCAAGGAUGGCAGCCUUCUGUUCAUUUAAUAUUACAAAUUAUACCUAUCAAGAGGAUUUUUAUCAACAUGUAAACAGAACCUUGGCCUGGAGUCUGAGAAGAAGAAGGAUGCAGCUUCUGUGAUUCGCUGUCCAGCAUUACCUUUAUGCAGAAGAUGAAGCAGCAGAGGAAUUGGGAAAAGUACAUCUUCACAUUCAGCUGGAAAUGUGGAAAGGCAGAAAACAAGUCAGCAAGCUACGCUUAACAGAUGAAAAAGUGAAGGCGUAUCUUUCUCUUCACCCCCAGGUACUGGAUGAAUUUGUGUCAGAAAGUGUAAGUGCAGAAACUGUGGAAAAAUGGCUAAAAAGGAAAAAUAACAGACAAGAAGAUGAAACGGCUCCUAAAGAAGUCAGCAGGUACCAGGAUACGAAUAUGCAGGGCGUAGUGUACGAAUUAAACAGCUACAUAGAGCAGCGCCUGGAUACAGGAGGAGAUAACCAACUGCUUCUGUAUGAACUGAGCAGCAUCAUUAAAAUAGCUACAAAAGCUGAUGGAUUUGCACUAUAUUUCCUGGGAGAAUGCAAUAAUAGUCUGUGUGUAUUUACACCACCAGGAGCUAAAGAAGGACACCCACGACUCAUUCCUGCAGGGCCCAUUGCACAUGGCACUACGGUAUCUGCUUAUGUAGCCAGAUCCAGAAAAACGUUGUUAGUAGAAGAUAUUCUGGGGGAUGAGCGAUUUCCCAAAGGUACUGGACUGGAGUCGGGAACCCGUAUCCAAUCUGUUCUUUGUUUGCCAAUUGUCACAGCAAUUGGUGACCUGAUUGGUAUCCUGGAGCUUUACCGUCACUGGGGCAAAGAAGCCUUCCACCACAGUCACCAAGAGGUUGCAACAGCAAAUCUUGCAUGGGCUUCAGUAGCAAUACAUCAAGUACAAGUGUGCCGGGGCCUUGCCAAGCAGACGGAACUGAAUGACUUCUUGCUUGAUGUAUCGAAAACAUAUUUUGAUAAUAUAGUUGCAAUAGAUUCUCUACUUGAACAUAUAAUGAUAUAUGCAAAAAACCUGGUGAAUGCAGAUAGGUGUGCACUCUUCCAGGUUGACCACAAAAAUAAGGAGCUGUAUUCAGAUCUUUUUGAUAUCGGAGAAGAAAAUGAUGGGAAACCUGUCUUCAAGAAGACCAAAGAAAUAAGAUUUUCUAUAGAAAAAGGAAUAGCUGGUCAAGUGGCAAGAACAGGAGAAGUCCUUAACAUCCCUGAUGCCUAUGCAGACCCACGCUUUAACAGAGAAGUAGACCUCUAUACAGGCUACACAACCAGAAAUAUCCUGUGCAUGCCUAUUGUGAGCCGAGGAAGUGUAAUAGGGGUUGUGCAGAUGGUUAACAAAAUAAGUGGAAGUGCCUUCUCUAAAACUGAUGAGAACAACUUUAAAAUGUUUGCAGUCUUUUGUGCUUUAGCCUUACACUGUGCUAAUAUGUACCACAGAAUUCGUCAUUCAGAGUGUAUUUACCGUGUAACAAUGGAGAAGCUAUCCUACCAUAGUGUUUGUACAGCAGAAGAGUGGCAAAACCUCAUGCACUGUACACUGCCUCCACAUAUUUAUAAAGAAAUUGAGCUAUACCAUUUUGAUAUCAGUCCAUAUGAAGAUGUUUGGCCUGCUAUUUUUGUCUAUAUGGUUCACCAGUCCUGUGGGACAGCCUGCUUUGAACUUGAAAAGCUGUGCCGAUUUACUAUGUCUGUAAAGAAGAACUAUCGCCGCGUGCCCUACCACAACUGGAAGCAUGCAGUUACUGUUGCCCAUUGCAUGUAUGCCAUACUUCAGAACAACCAGGGGCUUUUCACUGAUCUAGAGCGAAAAGGUCUUUUAGUUGCAUGCCUGUGUCAUGACCUGGAUCACAGAGGUUACAGCAACAGCUAUCUUCAGAAAUUUGAUCACCCCUUAGCUGCUCUCUAUUCCACAUCAACGAUGGAACAGCACCACUUCUCACAGACUGUGUCCAUCCUGCAGCUGGAAGGGCACAAUGUCUUCUCCAAUCUGAGCUCCAGUGAAUAUGAGCAAGUACUUGAGAUCAUCCGGAAAGCCAUCAUCGCCACAGACCUUGCCCUGUAUUUUGGAAACAGAAAACAACUUGAAGAGCUGCAUCAGACAGGAGCAUUAAACCUUAAGAACCAAACACACAGAGAUAGAGUGAUUGGCCUGAUGAUGACAGCUUGUGAUCUGUGUUCUGUAACCAAGUUGUGGCCUGUUACAAGACUGACAGCCAAUGAUAUAUAUGCAGAGUUUUGGGCUGAGGGUGAUGAAAUGAAGAAAACAGGUAUUCAGCCUAUUCCUAUGAUGGACAGAGAUAAGAAAGAUGAAGUCCCUCAGGGUCAGAUUGGGUUCUACAAUGCUGUAGCCAUCCCAUGUUACACCACCCUUGCACAGAUCUUUCCUCCAACUGGGCCACUACUCCGAGCAUGCAGGGACAAUCUUAACCAAUGGGAGAAAGUAACGAGAGGUGAGGAAGCCUCUAUAUGGAUUUCUUCUCAAUCCCAUGCUCCUGGGACCUCAGAUUCUCUUCCUGUGAAGAUUGAUGACUGAACAGCAGCAACAUAUUGCUUUAACCUGAAAAGCACCCCUUCUUGUUUUGGGGAUUGUUUUUUGUUUUCUUUCAUUUUUAUUUGAAAAAGAGAAAAAGGAAAAAGGAAAGCUGUAAAAUGUUAAGAAGUAGACCUGCCUAGGAAGGUAACACCUAUGGAGUUACCUCAGCAAAAUUAUUCUGGCAGCCAAUCUCCUGACCUACACCAGUGACACAACGUAAAUAGAGGGAAAAUGACAACCCAGAUGUUUUGGAGUCAGCUAUCAGAAGAGAACUUACAACUUGUGAAUAUAAAAGACUGGCCUUAUCUCAUGGGCUACAUUGCUGAGGCCUUAAUUUAAAACUGAUGGGGGUGGGGGGGAAUCUUAUGGGGUACUUCUAAAUUGUAUCUUUCUAGUAAGGGUUUCAAUGGUACUUUUAUUAUACAGUACUGUGGCUGGCUUUAACACCAGUGUCACUUGGGAGUUCUUGGCUAUAAAUAGAACAAUAUACCCAUUGCUAUUGUGAAUGUUUAUGUGUGAUCUACUUGUAAUCAGUUUGAACUCCAGCACAAUCCUUGGAGAUUAUAAUUUAUGCUUAGGUUACAGUGAAUUCUCUUGCUACAAACUAAAGGAAAACCAACAUUCAGGUUAAAGUUUUAAAGUACUUCAUUAAGCAUCAUGAUGCCAAUUGUCUGUCACUCACAAGGGAAAUGUUGAUAGAACUAGUGAUGGUGCUUUGUUCCUUAGGAUGUUUUUUAAAACUAGACGACUCCUCCCUUAAAACACUGGAAGUACUUGUUAAUUAUCUCUGAUAUGAGAGGGAAUUUCAGGUUGGAGUUUUUGUAUCCAUAGUGACAGAAAUAUUGGAUAAAAUUGAAAUGUGACAGCAAAGAUUUCCUUGCCUAGCUCACAAUUAAGUAAAGUCAUCAUUUUAAUUUCUACCUGCUGAGCUGUAUUUUCAAAGGUAUUGGAGACAUACCUGAAGUAUGCUAUCUGCUGGGAACAAAAGCCUCAUCAGAAAAGUCAGGUCUGAUAAGAGGGAUUGUGGUACCAUCACAAUAAAUCAAAAAUGUUUUUUGUAUUGACUAGCUUUUGUGUUGCACAGUAACACUGCAUGUCUUCUACUGCUUUUUCCCCCCAUCCCAAGAUGAGUGAAAUUAGGAAACUUCUCCAUUUUUCUGUUUUUUCCCCCUAGUUAGAGAAAUUUCCAGGUUUAGAAAUGCCUUUCUUAGUGAAAGAAUAGCUGACUGAAGAAAAGUACACUAAAUUAUGUGUUUACAGUCCUGUGCUGACUUAGGCCUCGGCCUUACAAACUUAUGCACAGACUUACAUGUAAUGCCACUCUUUUAAAUUUAGUGCAAUUGUACAGAAUAUGUUUCACAACACUUAAUUUGCCUUCAUCUUUCUCUUAAAAAUGAGAAAAAAAAUCUUCAUAGUGAUCCACACAGUAGAUGAAAACAGAGUCUUUGCAUACCUUUCACAAACAGCCUAUACUGCAUUAUGUGCUUGUUCACAGAUAAUGCACUCUUGUGGAGGUUCCGUGAUAACAUGGCCAUUGUGUAAUUGCAACUAGUAACAGUAGUGACCUAAAGAAAGAACACAGGUUCUCUUUUUCCAUCUCCUGUCUUUUGGGCUCUAUUGCUCUAAUAGGCAUGCCAGCUUUUGGGUUUCAUGUGAACAACUUGGCCUCUUGAGUUUUGCCUUCUGUUAUGGUCGAGCACAUGUCAGUAUCUGUUUAUGUGUACAGUGCGUGAUUGUAGUCGCAUAAUGUAUAAAUGCACCUAAGCCUUUGCUGUACAUUGAGAUCCCACAGGCUGAGAAUUCAGUAUGAAGUUAUCUUAUUUGUAUGAUGCAUGUUACCUAGCAACAGCCUCAUUUUUUUUUUUUUUUUUUUUUGGUUUGCCUUACCAAUUCUAAGUGCAGAAUUUUUUUGGUACUCACAGCAAACUGGUUGGAAUUGAAAAAGAGCAAAAACAAAAACAAAAAAAAAAAAAGGAAAACAUGGCAGGAAACAAUUACAGCAAAGUAGAAUGGAUGAUAUCUCAUGCUGUGUCCUCUACUUUCCUCCUUAGCCAUUCCGUUUCAGCUAAAUAAUGCAGAUGCAACCUUUCGCCCACUAAGUACUUGAGACAGAAUCCACAGUUCCUAAUUUACAUGGAAAUUAUCUAAAUCUGUGGUGACUACAAAAAUGCUGUUUGGAAUUCAGGUAUCCCAACAACUGGAUGGAAUGUUUUUCUUCGCAGGUUAAGUAUAUUUGCAUUAAAUAUAUUGCUGUUAUUUUCCCUUUUUCCCCCUUUCCAUAUAAAAAUGCUGAUCUUAAAAGCAUUGCAAAAGUAUUCCUUAUCACACUCUGUGUGUAUGGAAAGCUUUUCACUCAUCUUUUACUCACUGACAAUAAAGAUAACUUCACUAGUUCUGUUUCCUACCAUUAAAAAUGCUUGGCAGUAUCACACACUAUGUUACGUUUUGAAGUUUGUAAGUACUGAGAGAAUGCAUGUUUCCCUGGCAAAUUUGACAAAUUUGCAAUAAGUUGUUCUAUUAAUGUCUCAAGUGAAUCAGUUACUGUUUCUAUUAUAAAACUACGCAAACCACUUAAAAUAUGUUUGCUGUAGUAUAAUGUCUAUUACAAUUUUAAAAAAUUGGCUCCAGUGGCUGUGAUUUGUUUUGAUUUCCUGGUGUGUAAAAAGAGGAAGGUAAUGACAAAAUAUUACUCCUUGUAUUACUCCAAAAUAUUUUUUUGGACCUAGACCAAAAAAAUAGUCAUGAUGAGCUGUUUUUUUAAAGCAAAUGUAGUCUGUCUUAGCAUUUACAGAGCAGAGGCUCAUAUGUGUAAAUAUUUUGAAAAAAAAAAAGACUUGUACCUGCACUUUCAAACCCACCAAAAGUAAGAACUUUGGAGCUGCAUUUGAAUUUCAUGGAUCAAAGACAUGUUGAGAUUUAGUUGGUCAAAGUUCUGGACUCAAACUCUCAAUUGAUUAAGACAUCUAGGUUUGUAAGACAUCUGACUCAUUAACUUAAAUUGUCAAAAGUCAUUCCUCCUUGCAUUUUUAGCUUACUAAAACUCAUCUUGCCCAAAAGAAUGUAUAAAAAGCUUAACAGAUCUUUCCUUUCCUAGAAGUGUUAGAUUUUAUAUUCUUAGAAUUGUGUUUUUCUUGAUAAUACUUCUAGUUGCUUUUCCCUCCUACGCCUAGUGAAGGUAAAAACACUGUUUGAAGCAGUGUUUCUAGUGAACAGCGUUUCUAGUGUAUUAUGAAAAGGUGCCUGAAAGUUAUGCACUAAGUGAGAAAAAUAGUUGACAUAGCAUGUUACUCAUCUGAGAUGUUGCAUAUUUUACUACAGCAUGACAAAUUCCAUUGUUACAAUUAAUUUAUGAAUUUUGGAUGCUUUUGCAAUAUUCUACUGUAAUGGUUCAACUCAUGGCAGUAUUUUUUUUUUCUACGAGUAACCAUUAGAGAAAUUAAACAGGGUUUCUAUUAGCUGGAGUAUAUGAUCAAGCAUAUUAAAUUUGAGGGGACAUGCAGAGCAGAAUUCAUCUUUUUAUGUGGCAGAUUUUUUUUUCCUGUCUAUAAACUUGAAACUGUGAUCAGUUUGCUGUGACUGCACUUGGAGCAUAUAGUGUUAAAAUUGUAGGAGUAGCAAAAAGCACUAUUCAUGUUAAAAAAUAGAGAUUAUUAGAUGCUCAAAUCAAUCAUGACCCUUUUGAAAUAAUGCAUUUGCCUCAAACACUGUGAUAUUGGACCAGUUCUGUGAAGUGGAACAAUUAAUUUAUUCAUUCUAAAUGCAGAAAAGGCUUUCUGCACACUCCUACAAAGAAGUCAAUGUUCAAACUUUAGGUUCUAUAUCCCAGUCUAGCAAAGGCACAUCAUAACUUUUGUUUGCUUUCUGACCAAAAACUGUGCUCGAUUGUAAUACGGGUGUAUACUCUGUCAAAUAAACCUAAAAUAACGGACUGCUUUCUAGGGUAGAUCAAACUGAUUUGUAGAGUAGUUUCAUAAAUAUUCCAAAUUCAGGUUGGGCUGUUAUGUGGAGAAGAAAGAACUUCAAGGUAACAACAUUACACUUUACUACAUUUAGUGAGCUGAAAAAUUUGUUUUAUAUAUAUAUAUAUUUACACACACACACAUAUAUAUAUAUAUGAUACAUAUAAACUAUCUUUGUAAAAAAUAUGCAAGUGCAAUAAUUUAAAGAGGUCUUAACUUUGCAUUUAUAAAUUAUAAAUACUGUACAUGGUGUGUAAUUUUUUUCAUGUAUUCAUUUGCAGUCUUUGUAUUUAAAAACAAACCUAAACCUUUACUAUUACGUUUGUACAAUAGAACAGUAAGCAUUUAUUAUGAUAUAGUUAAGUUGUAAAUAAAUUCACAAACCAAACAGCCAGUACAUAUGCAUAUAUGGGUGUCCUAUUGUGAAACCUGUUUUUGCUUUUACUGCUGGCUUUAGCACAGCAAGACAACUUCUGUGGAUAUGUAAUUAUACAUAUAAAUAUAUGUAUGAUACAUAAAUAUAUUUAGAAAUGUUCAUAAUUUUAAUGGCUAUAUCUAUACAUAUACUUUGGUGUGAAUAUUACUGAAUACAGAGUUUUUUAAUAUUA